AUGCUUUCUAGUCUUUUGUUUUUAUUGGCGUGUCUUGCCAUCUUCUUUAUUGCCGGAUGGCAGCUUGUUCUGGAUUGGAUCUUGCAUGCUGCUUCUACAGUCAAUAUACCUACUCGCACAUUAUUUUCACUCAUGUUUUCAAGUUCAUGUGCGCUUCUGUUGCUUGUGAUUUUGGAGGUUAGAGAUACAUUUUCCGUCGAGGCUCGACUUAUUUUUUGGAAAUUGAAUUUAUAUGCAAGCCUUGCAAACGUUCUUAUUUUAUUGCCAAUGUAUCAGAUUAUGGUGCUUGCUUCAAAUUCACACCAUGCUGUGAUUCGACGAAAUGCAUUACAGCUUACCGCGGUAGGAUAUUGCAGCUUUAUCUUUGUAUUUUGGAGAAUCGAUGUUCAUUCCCAGUCCUCACUAGGAUCCCAAGACACUGCCAGUCUUGUUUCUCAUUUAAUCGGACGUGUUGGAGUAGUGGGAGUGACUUUGAUGGCUCUCCUCUCGGGGUUUGGUGCUGUCAACAACCCCUACACAAAUCUGUCUAUAUUUUUAAGAACUGUCACAGAUAGCGAUAUUCAAAAGGCAGAAAGUCGCCUUAUUCAGACCGUGGAAAUCACUUUGGACAAGAAAAGACGGCUGAUGCAGACUGAGCAAUCCAAUAUGGUAAGUGCAAUGGUUUUUGGGCAACAUAUUUUCAUCAGUUACUUCCAGAAUAAGCCAGUUUGGAACAACGGGUAUAGUAUUAUGGAAACUAAUAUUGCCACAAUGAAGUCCGAGAUUGAAGCCCAGGAGUUGAUGCUUGAUAGUUUAUUUAUGGAUUUAGAUGAUUUGCUAGUGGACAAGGAACGAUUAAAAGAAGCAAAAACGCUCAGGGGCGUGUUUAACAACAUUUUUGGAUAUAUAUUUUCUGUAUAUUGUAUAUUCAAAACCAUCAUGGCUGCUGUAAACAUUAUGUUUCGUCGACAGGGAGAAACAGAUCCAGUUACGAGAACUCUAGAUAUUUUAGUGCAUAAUGUUGGCAUAGAAUUGGAUGUUAAUUUGUGGGCAAAGGACAUUUCCUUUUUGCUACUUGGCGUGUUGGUUAUUGUUUCUGUGCGAGGAUUGCUGGUACAAUUUGCCAAAGUCUCGGUUGCUUUUUCUAGCUCAAUUUCUCAAACUAGUAUUAUUUUGUUCAUGGCACAUACAAUGGGAUUUUAUUUUUUAAGUGUUGUAUUAAUGCUUCGUGUUAACUUGCCUGUCCAGCAAAGGGCUCGCAUAGAAACUAUUUUUGGGAACGUUGAGUUUAAUUUUUAUUUGCAUUGGUUUGAUGUCAUCUUCUUUCUUUCUGCAAUAACUUCCAUGGCCAUACUUUAUUUCAUUGACCAAAUGAAGCGAAAAAGCAAUAUAUAUUAA